UCCAGUGGGUCCUCUGAGUGGACCUUGUUCUGCCUCCGGAGGCACCCUCCUCCCUCGACCCCUGCAUCCUGUGUAGCCCAAGGCCGAGCCCUCACGCAGGCCUGCAGCCCCUCCCACUUCCCCUCCCUGCCCCUCCCGCUGCCUGGCUGGUGCACAGAGCUGACUGCCAGCACUUUCCUAGAGGCAGAAAUGGCUGCUAGCUGCCGAGCGCUCAGUAGGGUUGUGGGGGUCUCUCCCGGCCCUGCUGGGAGACGAGCUCACUCGGAAGCUGGGGGACACGUGAAGGCUGAGUACGAUGCGGUGGUGAUAGGAGCAGGACACAACGGGCUGGUGGCUGCGGCGUACCUGCAGAGGCUGGGGGUGAACACGGUGGUCUUUGAGAGGCGUCAUGUGAUCGGGGGUGCUGCUGUCACUGAAGAAAUCAUCCCAGGGUUUAAGUUCUCCCGAGCAUCCUACCUCCUCAGCCUGCUGAGGCCGCAGAUUUACACGGAGCUGGAGCUAAAGAAACAUGGGCUGAGGCUUCAUCUUCGAAAUCCCCAUUCCUUCACCCCCAUGCUGGAAGAGGGUACUGGGAGCAAAGUGCCCAGAUCCCUUCUGCUGGGCAAAGACAUGGCAGAAAACCAGAAACAGAUCGCCCAGUUCUCACAGAAAGAUGCCCAGGCCUUUCCCAGAUACGAGGAGUUCAUGAGCCGCUUGGUACUGGCCAUUGACCCUCUGCUGGACGCAGCCCCUGUGGACAUGGCGGCCUUCCAGCAUGACUCCCUGCUGCAGAGACUGAAGGCACUGUCCACCCUCAAGCCUCUGCUAAAGGCAGGCCGCAUCCUUGGGGCCCAGCUUCCCCAGUACUACCAGGUCCUCACAGCUCCCAUUACCAAGGUGCUGGACCAGUGGUUCGAGUCUGAGCCUCUGAAAGCCACUCUGGCAACAGAUGCUGUGAUUGGAGCCAUGACAAGUCCCCACACUCCGGGGAGUGGAUAUGUGCUGCUGCAUCAUGUGAUGGGGGGCCUGGAGGGAAGGCAGGGCGCCUGGGCCUAUGUCCAGGGUGGCAUGGGUGCCCUCUCUGAUGCCAUUGCAAGUUCAGCCACUGUACAUGGAGCAAGUAUUUUCACUGAAAAGACAGUGGCCAAGGUGCAAGUGAACCGCGAAGGCCGCGUGCAAGGAGUCGUACUGCAGGACGGCCUGGAGGUGAGGAGCAAAGUGGUGUUGUCCAGUGCGCCGCCUCAGGUCACCUUCCUGAAGUUGACACCACAGGAGUGGCUUCCAGAGGCAUUCAUAGAGAGAAUCGCCCAGCUGGAUACUCAGUCUCCUGUUACCAAGAUCAAUGUGGCUGUGGACAAGCUGCCCAACUUCCUGGCAGCCCCAAAUUCUCCCCGAGGCCAGCCACUUCCUCAUCACCAGUGCUCCAUCCACUUGAACUGUGAAAACACCCUCCUCCUCCAUCAGGCCUUUGAAGAUGCCAAGGGUGGCCUGCCUUCCCACAGGCCUAUGAUUGAGCUCUGUAUCCCGUCCUCGCUGGACCCCACACUGGCUCCUCCCGGCUGCCACGUAAUCUCCCUCUUCACCCAGUACACGCCCUACACGCUGGCGGGAGGCAAGAUCUGGGACGAGCAGGAGAGAAACGCUUACGCAGACAACGUAUUUGACUGCAUCGAGGCCUACGCCCCUGGCUUCAAGGGCUCUGUGGUGGGCAGAGACAUCCUCACCCCCCCAGAUUUGGAGAGAGUCUUUGGGCUUCCUGGAGGGAACAUAUUCCACUGUGCAAUGUGCCUGGACCAGCUCUACUUCGCCCGCCCGGCGCCACUGCACUCUGGGUACCGCUCCCCUCUCUGGGGCCUGUACCUGUGCGGCAGUGGGGCCCAUCCCGGAACUCACAGUCAUCCACGGAGCAUGACCUGAACAUCUCAAGCCAUCAAAACCUCUGGUCUUCCAAACAGCGAUCGAGGGUAGCCACCCGCUGGCUUCAGCUAAGGCUGUGCAGGAACCCAGCAUUGACGCCUCCAGGGCAUUCAACCUCCUACUUCCUAUGAGGUAAACAUGCUGCAUUGCUGAAUCCUUUGGUAUAAACCUAUGGCAUUCCCAAGUGAGUCGGGUUGCCAUUCUUGGUCAGAAAAGUGCACAAAGGAUGUUCCCUUUGUAAUGCAGCUCUCCUGGCCUUUCCAACUUCAGCAGCCAAGGCUGCCAUCCAGAGCAUUCCCAUCUGUAGCCGAGGUGGAAGCUUUCCAGGAAAGCGUCCUUUUCCCCAGCAAAUUCACACAGGUGAAGAGACAUCUACCUUCUUACUUAAUGUUGAUAAGCCUGGGUUUCUCACGGCGGAAGACUGGUUUUAAAAAUCAAAUAAAACAAUAGAUCAUAUUUUA